CAAACACGGCAUCGCCAACUGAAAGCAAAAACUCGCUUCUGGGGGAGCGACAAUGACAGUCUUGACGACUAAAAUUCGGCACUUGAGCCAUCCUCCUCUAGAAUUAGAAUAUGGAUAUCUCUUGUAUGGCGUUUCAACGGAGACACAGGCCGUGAAGAAAGCUCGUGCAGAGAAGCAUCAGAGUCUUAGUACUUGCAACACUGAAUCGCAAAAAUGGCGAAUUUUCCCAAGAUGGGAGUCCGCCUGUUGGCGUUUGCUACAGGUUUUGCCACCCUCACUCAGGCUAUCGCCGGCACGGGGUGCAACCCUAUGACGACAAAAAACUGUCCGCCUAUACCCGGUCUAAACACGGGCUACUACGAGGUCGACUUUACCAACAAUCCCAAGGACGCCUCAAAGUACUGGACGACGUCCGCAGGGGCCCAGAUCCCGCGCGACAGCCGUGGCAUCGCGCUGCAGUACCUCAAGCGGUUCGACGCGCCGCAGCUCGUCAGCACCUGGUACAUGUGGUACGGGCGGGUCGACGUGCAGAUGCAGGUGGCCAAGGGCCAGGGCGUGGUGACGUCCAUCGUGCUCAUGUCGGACACGCUGGACGAGAUGGACUGGGAGUGGUCGGGAAACAACUUUGGCCACGGGCCGAGCAAGGGCAGGGUGCAGACAAACUACUUUGGCAAGGGCGUCACGGGCACCUACGACCGCGGCACCACCGUCGACGUCGACAACCCGCAGGGCACCACUCACACUUAUACCCUGAUCUGGAAGCCCGACUCGAUCGAGUGGCGCAUCGAUGGCAAGACCGUGAGGACCUUUUAUGCCAAGGACGCAGACACCAAGCCUGGCAGCAGCCAUCAGUUCCCGCAGACGCCUGCCAAGUUGCAAAUCGGGAUUUGGGCUGGAGGAGAUCCCUCCAACGCUGGUGGCGUCAUCGAGUGGGCAGGCGGCGUCACCGACACAAACGGGGGCCCCUAUGUAGCCUACGUCAAAAAGAUCACCGUCCAGAACCAGUAUUCUGCCAUGGCUUACAGCUGGGCCGAUCAGUCUGGCAGCCAUGGCAGCGUCAAGCAGCUUAGCCAGGAUCCGGGCAACCUGGCCCCUGUCAGUCCGGCUCUGCUGCCACUGCGCUCCGAGCUACCUGUGACCCAGAUUGGUCGCUGCGGACCCGAGCUCAAGACGAUAUGCAAGGGCAGCGUCUUUGGCGACUGUUGCUCGCAGUACAACACGUGCGGAAGCACUGCCGAGUACUGUGGCAGUGGCUGCCAGGGAGCAUACGGCAAAUGCGCCAAGCCAAACAUUUUUGCCAACGAGAAGCUCGAGUUUGAGCCCGAGCCGACGACGAGCGUCAUCAAGACAACUUCGAGCACCAGCACCAGCACCAGCACCAGCACCAGCACUACGCAGUCGACAAAAACCUCGGCAAGCACUUCGAAUGCUCCGCUGAGGACCGAUCUCCCACCGACGCCAAAUGGACACUGCGGCCCCAAGGUCAACACCAUCUGCAAGGGCAGCGUGUUUGGGGACUGUUGCUCCGAGUACAACUACUGCGGAAACGGUCUAGACUACUGCGGUGCGGGCUGCCAGUCAGCCUUUGGACGCUGUGGAGAUGCACCUGUUGAGCCCAAGGCCGCAACGACCUCUUCUAGCAGCCAACCCCCCAGAGUCGCGACUAGUCCUGUCAGCUCUUCCAGUACCUCUACAAGCACCACCACCACCAUGACAAAGCCAACAACGGCCAGCACCGUCGCUUCAAGCAACAGCACCCCUGUAGCAAACGUCAAGCUAGCUGUCAGCGAGGAUGGAAGCUGCGGUGGCAAGGAAGCCAAAUUCACCUGCACAGGUGGAAUAUUUGGUGAAUGCUGCUCGCAAUACAAUUUUUGUGGAAACUCCAAAGACCACUGCAGUACAGGCUGCCAGGUUGGAUUCGGACGCUGCGAGGGGGUGGUACCUUUGGUGUCAGCUGCCGAGCCACAAAAACCAAACAAUGCAGCCGCCACUCCAUCGACAAGCUCGCCAACUUCCUCUUCGCCCGCCGCCGCCACGACAGGCCCCCAGAUAAACAUCGGGUACACCUGCGACGACGACUUUUGGUGGAGGAACAACUACUGCUACAAGUACAUGGGGGCCAACGGGCAGAUGAAGAGGAUGACCUCGGCCUUUUGCUACCAGUGGAGCGGCAAGAUGAGCGACGUGCCAAACUGGCUGAGCAAGGAUUGCGAAGGCGACAUUGAGCGCAUCCGCGGGGCCUGCUGCGGCCGCUGGAUAGUGCCGCAGGAUGCCGUCCCGUCUUCACCAUCAGCCCCGGCGGCAACGACGCCAAUCAAGCUCGCCAGGCGCCAGGACGAUGCGUCUGGGGUCGGCCGCGGCAAGGGACCCAGCCCCUGGGCCAGGGUGGCAGAGUACUUGGCGCGCAAGCAGGCGCAGGCGGCUGGUGACGAGGCGGACAGGCGGACCGAGGAGGCGGCGACUCGACGAGAUGCUGGGACGGACGAGCAGGGGGGUAGUACCGACAAGGCGUACGUUCGGGGACGGCGAGAAAACGCUGCUGCGGCCACGGCCAGGGAUGUGAGGAGAAUCGUUGGCCGGGAUGUCUUGGUGUGAAAGGUUGAGUAGGCAGGAACACAUCGUCUUUGGGGGGGCAAUUUACUAUCAAACUCCCCGUACAGAACGGGAAAAGUCCAAAGGAAUUACUUUAGGGAUGUGGGCGGGGGCUUUUGAACCUGAACUACAGACGGAUGUUCCCGGUUUGAACAGAAACUUUGGGACGGAGCGAUUGAAAGUAGGAUCAAACGCCGCCAGGUGUUGGUUGUCGCAUCCGGAUUCUGACUCGGUGCGGGUGUUGUCUUCUCUCUUGACUCGAAUUAGUGCUGUACAUCCAAUGCGGGGGAGGCAUGCAGUAUGCUUCGUUCUCUUUGCUUUGUCUUGGCUUCCAAUACGCCGGAUUGAGAUUCUGUG